GGAAACGCUGCUGUUUUGGAAAAACUAUAUUUGGACAAAAGACAAGACGACGACGAUCAGUAACAAGCUUCAGUUCCUCCCGUACAACAGCUACAAGCAUUUCCCUUCCAAGAUGGGGAAUGCAAGCUCAUCAGAUCUUUGCUCUAAUUUUGAUGCUGAUGAAAUCAAAAGAUUGGGGAAAAAAUUUCGAAAGUUGGAUGUGGAUAAAUCAGGUUCAUUGAGUGUCGAUGAACUUUCGGUUUUCCCACAGUCGCAAAUGAAUCCCUUAAUUCAAAGAGUAAUCGAUGUAUUUGACGCAGAUGGAAAUGGGGAAAUAAAUUUCAAUGAAUUCAUUAACGGCCUUUCUCAGUUCAGUGUUAGAGGAGAUAAAGAGACCAAAUUGAGAUUUGCAUUUAAUAUCUAUGAUAUAGAUAAAGACGGAUUUAUUUCCAAUAGCGAUCUUUUCCAUGCCCUGAAAAUAAUGGUUGGCUCGAAUCUAGAAGAUGUACAACUUCAACAAAUUGUGGAUAAAACAAUGAUUUAUGCAGAUACUGGUGGAAAUGGUAAAAUAUCGUUUGAAGAAUUCUGUACUGCGGUUAUUUCUCUGGGCGUGCACGAGACGAUGGUCGUGGAUGUAUAGUAAGAAUGUUCUGGAAUAUGAAAACUAUUAACUUGUACUUUUCCAUGAAAACACUAAUGGCUUAUUGUUAUGUAUAUAAAUAUACAGAUAAUUA